AUGUCAGAAAGUGUUACGAUGGAUAUAACAAAAGAGGAGGAGAACACUUUCCUCUUCUACUAUCAAAUAAAAAUGCUGGGGCUGUGCGACCAUCUGAAUAUUCCUGUUCAGAUUCAGAGUACUGCAAUUACAUAUUUUAAAAUAUUAUUUACCAAAAGAAGAGUUUUUCACUAUGAUAUGAAAAAUCUAAUUGUGGCGUGUGUUCUUCUGGCGAUGAAGGUUGAGAACGUUUUCAUGACAGCCACGCACAUGAAAGAGCAGCUGAACUUUGCAAACGUGAAGCUGCUUGCUGCGUACGAACUCGAGAUUUGCAACGCGCUGAAGUUCAAUCUGCACGUCGCGUCGCCGCAUCUCAGGCUGCUGGGGCUCUUUCUUCUGCUGAAGAACAGAGAAAGAGUAAUUGCAGAGAUGGACGGCCAGGUGCAGACACAGGACAUCUCGGAAACAGACGAAGCCCUUGACUGGGCGCAAUCCGUUGAAAAUCUGAAAAUUCUGAUGCUAUUGGACAAUUACCACACACUCGAUCUUAAUCAGGUGGCAAUGGCUUCUCUGCCUGUACAGCCGUCCUGUCUGGAGGGAUUCUUCAUGAAGGACACCAUAGAAGCCGUUAAAGACCUUAAAAAACAGAUGAAAAGAAGAGAGCUUCCGUCGCACGAGCAGGUGGCAAAAAUAGAAAAAAAAAUAGCAACAAUCCAGAAAAAGUACAAAAUAUUGGAAGUAUAA